AAACAAAACAACAGCAACAACAAAAAAAAAAAACACAAAUAAAAAUUCAUAAAAAAGAAAAACAAAAAAACAACAGCAGAAUAAACACAUCCCAGUUAAAGUAGCAGCAUAAACAAAACGGUAGAUGAAAUAAACACAAAACUAGAACAGCAAAGCGAGAGACCGACCGACCGACCGACCCAGUAUAUAUAUAUAUAUAUAUAUAUAUAACACCCCAGAGAGCGAGAGGAAUUCGCAGUGGUGUUUCAAUAGUCCUCGGACCUCCAGAGCGCGUCGUACACUGUUGCCCCGACUGUUGCCAAAAUACAGUGGCUUCCCAAUUAAAUGUGCAGUUGCCACUAUUGUGCCAUGCGGACGGCGUGUCACUCCCGACAAAUGCGUAUUGUGGUUCACCUUGUGUAAUAUAAUUAUGGCCGAGCGGUCGUUACAAAAGUAUCAGAAAUUGGAUAUAGUGACGGUUGGAAGCAGCUCAGGAAGCAGUGCUAGCAGGGCAUCAACAGGACUCCUUAGGCGGGGGGCACUUGGGUCGAAAGGGAGCCCAUCGCUUAGCUGAUAGAAUGGGUGGCCCAAAAAAAGAGGAAAACCCACCAGGUGGUGGUCCGACGUCAUUGUUUAUCCUAACCGAGGAUAACCCAAUUCGAAAGUACACACGAUUCAUCAUUGAAUGGCCGCCCUUUGAGUACGCUGUGUUAUUGACAAUCAUCGCCAACUGUGUUGUGUUGGCACUAGAGGAACACUUGCCAGAAAGCGACAAGACAGUAUUGGCUCAAAAACUGGAAAAAACGGAGGCCUAUUUUAUAUGCAUUUUCUGUGUAGAAGCAUCGCUCAAGAUCAUUGCCUUAGGGCUUGUUCUGCAUAAACACUCCUAUCUCAGGAAUAUUUGGAACAUCAUGGAUUUUUUCGUUGUAGUGACGGGAUUCGUGACACUGUACCCAAAUUUGGGGCCCGAGGUAGACCUAAGAACACUUAGAGCCAUUCGUGUGCUACGGCCCUUAAAAUUAGUGUCUGGAAUUCCUAGUUUACAAGUAGUUUUAAAAUCUAUAAUCAAGGCGAUGGCACCUUUACUGCAAAUCGGUCUCUUGGUGUUGUUUGCAAUCGUAAUAUUCGCAAUCAUUGGACUCGAGUUUUAUUCGGGCACACUGCAUAAGACUUGUUAUAGCUUAGAAGAUCCAAACAAACUAGUGAAGGAAGGUGAAGUAGAGACACCCUGCAACUCAGAUAACAUCUUAGAAAAAGCGGGAGGCUCCUUUGUAUGUAAUAAUGCGACGAGCAUGUGUCUGGACAAAUGGGAUGGACCAAAUCAAGGCAUAACAAGCUUUGAUAAUAUUGGAUUUGCCAUGCUGACGGUAUUCCAGUGUAUCACAAUGGAAGGCUGGACUGCAAUACUAUAUUGGACCAACGACGCAUUGGGUUCAUCAUUUAAUUGGAUAUAUUUCGUGCCUCUUAUAGUUAUAGGCUCAUUUUUUAUGCUCAACUUAGUUCUUGGUGUUUUGAGUGGUGAAUUCGCAAAAGAACGAGAAAAAGUAGAAAAUAGACAAGAGUUUCUUAAACUUAGAAGGCAGCAGCAACUAGAAAGAGAGUUAAACGGCUAUGUUGAAUGGAUUUGUAAAGCUGAGGAGGUUAUAUUAGCCGAAGAAAGAACAACCGAAGAAGAGAAAAUGCAUAUUAUGGAAGCCCGUAGACGAAAUGCAGCCAAAAGAAAAAAGCUGAAAAGUUUGGGCAAAUCAAAGUCAACUGACACAGAAGAAGAGGAAGCUGAGGAAGAUUAUGGUGAUGACGGUUAUCUAAAAACUCGUUCGAAACCCCAAGGCAGUUGCACAGGAUUCUGGCGAGCCGAAAAAAGAUUCCGCUUCUGGAUACGCCACACAGUAAAAACACAAUGGUUCUAUUGGUUCGUCAUAGUUCUGGUGUUCCUGAACACAGUUUGCGUCGCUGUCGAACACUAUGGCCAGCCAACAUUUCUCACAGAGUUUUUAUAUUACGCGGAAUUCAUAUUCCUUGGCCUAUUCAUGUCGGAAAUGUUCAUUAAGAUGUACGCACUGGGACCUCGCAUUUACUUCGAAUCGUCGUUUAAUCGAUUUGAUUGUGUCGUCAUUAGUGGUUCGAUAUUCGAGGUGAUCUGGUCCGAAGUUAAAGGUGGCUCCUUCGGGUUAUCAGUGUUGCGUGCACUGCGACUGUUGCGCAUAUUCAAAGUCACCAAAUAUUGGUCGUCACUGCGCAAUCUAGUAAUUUCCCUGCUGAACUCAAUGAGAUCAAUUAUCUCGUUGCUGUUCCUGCUCUUCUUGUUCAUACUCAUAUUUGCACUGCUCGGCAUGCAGUUGUUCGGUGGUCAAUUCAAUUUGCCAGGAGGCACGCCUGAAACCAAUUUUAACACCUUCCCAAUAGCACUUUUAACCGUAUUUCAAAUCCUAACCGGCGAAGAUUGGAAUGAAGUUAUGUAUCAGGGUAUUAUAUCGCAAGGUGGUGCAAAGAAAGGAAUGAUUUACUCUAUAUACUUUAUCGUUUUGGUACUCUUCGGUAAUUAUACACUUUUAAAUGUGUUCUUGGCUAUCGCCGUCGAUAACUUGGCGAAUGCGCAAGAACUUACAGCAGCCGAAGAGGAACAAGUCGAAGAGGAUAAAGAGAAACAACUGCAAGAGCUAGAGAAAGAAAUGGAAGCCCUUCAAGGUGAUGGGGUUCACCUGGAGAAUGGUGAAGGCACUGUUGCCACUAGCAAAGGAAAAGGCAAAAAGAAGGUCGAAGAGAAAAAGGAGGAGGAAGAAGUAACGGAAGGGCCGAAGCCAAUGUUGCCAUAUUCAUCGAUGUUUAUACUUUCACCAACAAAUCCCAUACGACGUGGUGCCCAUUGGGUAGUUAAUUUACCAUAUUUUGAUUUCUUCAUAAUGGUCGUCAUCUCAAUGUCAUCAAUAGCAUUAGCAGCCGAAGAUCCCGUUCGUGAGAAUUCGAGGCGAAACGAAAUCUUGAAUUACUUUGAUUAUGCAUUUACCGGCGUAUUCACGAUAGAAAUGUUGCUGAAAAUUGUAGACUUGGGUGUAAUACUACAUCCUGGCAGCUAUUUAAGAGAAUUCUGGAAUAUUAUGGAUGCUGUGGUCGUUAUAUGCGCUGCUGUUAGUUUCGGUUUCGAUAUGAGCGGUAGCAGCGCUGGACAAAAUUUGUCAACCAUUAAAUCGCUUCGUGUAUUGCGUGUACUGCGUCCACUGAAGACCAUUAAACGUGUUCCAAAAUUGAAAGCCGUCUUCGAUUGCGUCGUGAACUCAUUGAAAAAUGUUGUUAACAUUCUAAUCGUGUACAUAUUGUUUCAAUUUAUAUUUUCUGUUAUUGGUGUACAAUUGUUCAAUGGAAAAUUUUUUUAUUGUACGGACGAAAGUAAACAUACUUCCGAAGAGUGCCAGGGCUCGUAUUUCAAAUACGAGGAAGACGAACUGCUGCCUAAACAAGAGAGGCGGGUGUGGAAGCCACGAAGCUUUCAUUAUGAUAACGUCGCCGCUGCCAUGCUGACGCUAUUCGCUGUACAGACCGGCGAGGGAUGGCCACAGGUCUUGCAACACUCAAUGGCUGCCACAUACGAAGAUAGGGGUCCAAUCCAAAAUUUCCGGAUCGAAAUGUCCAUCUUUUAUAUAGUAUAUUUUAUUGUAUUUCCAUUCUUCUUCGUCAACAUAUUCGUGGCCUUGAUUAUCAUUACAUUUCAAGAGCAAGGCGAAGCUGAAUUGCAAGAUGGCGAAAUUGACAAAAAUCAGAAAUCGUGUAUUGAUUUUACCAUCGGAGCUCGACCGCUUGAACGUUAUAUGCCGAAAAACCGAAACACUUUCAAGUACAAAGUGUGGCGCAUUGUUGUGUCAACACCAUUUGAAUACUUUAUCAUGAUGCUUAUUGUGUUCAAUACACUGCUAUUAAUGAUGAAGUACCAUAAUCAAGGUAAGAUGUACGAACAAUCACUCAAGUACAUCAACAUGGGAUUCACAGGCAUGUUCAGUGUUGAAACGGUAUUGAAGAUAAUCGGAUUCGGAGUCAAAAAUUUUUUCAAGGAUCCAUGGAAUAUUUUCGAUCUGAUUACCGUAUUGGGCAGCAUUGUGGAUGCACUCUGGAUGGAAUUCGGGUCGAACUCAAUCAACGUUGGCUUCCUGCGUUUGUUUCGUGCGGCGCGUCUCAUAAAAUUACUCCGUCAAGGAUAUACAAUACGCAUUCUACUUUGGACAUUUGUACAAUCAUUUAAAGCACUUCCAUACGUCUGUUUGCUUAUAGCAAUGCUAUUUUUUAUAUACGCCAUUAUUGGCAUGCAGGUAUUUGGAAAUAUCAAACUAGGUACAUUGGAAAAUUCUAUUACUAGGCACAACAACUUCCAGUCAUUUAUACAAGGCGUCAUGUUGCUCUUCAGAUGUGCGACGGGCGAGGCGUGGCCAAACAUAAUGCUCGCCUGUCUGAAGGGCAAAGCCUGUGACGAUGAUGCCGAAAAGGGUGCCGGGGAAUACUGUGGUUCGACAUUGGCCUACGCAUAUUUCGUAUCGUUUAUAUUCUUUUGUUCAUUUCUAAUGUUGAAUCUGUUCGUGGCCGUCAUCAUGGAUAAUUUUGAUUAUCUCACAAGGGACUCCAGUAUAUUGGGUGCUCAUCACUUAGACGAAUUUGUGCGCAUAUGGGCGGAAUAUGAUCCAAAUGCGACUGGUAGGAUACAUUAUACCGAAAUGUAUGAUAUGCUGAAAAACAUGGAUCCACCACUGGGAUUUGGCAACAAGUGUCCCAACCGUCUUGCCUACAAGAAACUUAUACGAAUGAAUAUGCCACUCGAUGAUGAAUUAAGAGUACAAUUCACUACAACAUUGUUUGCACUGAUUCGGGAGAAUCUGAGCAUUAAAAUGAGAGCUCCUGAGGAAAUGGAUCAGGCGGAUAUGGAGCUCAGGGAAACGAUCACAAACAUUUGGCCGCUGCAGGCCAAGAAAAUGUUAAACUUGUUGGUUCCACCCAUUGAUCAGUUGAAUAAGGGAAAACUUUCAGUUGGUAAAAUCUAUGCAGGUUUCCUGAUAUUGGAAUCUUGGCGAAAUACGAGAUUUGGUCAAAUUGAUUCAGGCAUGCCGCGGAAGAAACCUGAAGAUGAUGAUGAUCGUAAAUAUAGCCCAACGGCAGUCGAGGAGCCGAAACAAUCAUUCUUUAACUGUUUGCUCGAUAUGGCCGCCCUUGACAAAGGAGGAUCGCGACAGGGCUCCAUAAGUUUCGAGCAGAACGGGGAAGGAGCCGCCAACUCACAGACACAUUUAUUAACGAGCACUCAUCACGCUAACGGUGAUGUCGAACACAACAGUUUGGCAACACUAGCACGUCGGACGACGAUCAGAAAGCGAUCUGUUAGAAACAAAAAGGUGAAUAAGUUUGAUAAACUCCAAGCGAUGCUGGAACUGCAAGAUGCAUCGAGGCAUCCAUCACAAGAAUCGUUGACUGGCGCCGAUGCGGGCCAUUUACAUCCUGGACAUUCGUACAUGAAUGGCCAUCGGCAUUCGCCUAGUUUGAGACACAACGGCUCUCCAUUAGCAAGAUCUCCAAGUCCUAGACGGCGUGGCCAUCAAUACAUACAUCAUGAUAUCGGAUUCUCCGAUACCGUAUCUAAUGUUGUAGAGAUGGUCAAGGAGACUCGCCAUCCAACUAGGCAUGGCAACAGCCAUCCACGGUAUCCAAGAGGUUCAUGGUCAGCAUCGACAAGUCCGGCCCGUUCGCCUUCGCCUUCUCGUUACGGUGGUCAUUUGUCUCGCAGUAAACGCACUCAACUGCCUUAUCCCACAUAUGGGACAACAAGUUUAUGUCAAAGAUCACGAUCGCCGAGUCCCGCUCGACUUCAGGAGAUGCGUGAACGAGACAGACUUGGUUAUGGGAUUGAUAUGGGUGGCACCCAUGUGCAGCACAGCUACCCGACGCUAGCCUCUCGGAGGGCUGGCAUUGGGCGACGCCUACCACCGACUCCAAGCAAACCGUCGACAUUGCAGCUUAAGCCAACCAAUAUUAAUUUCCCCAAACUGAAUGCGAGUCCUACACACACGCAUCACUCAACACCUCACAGUGUUCACUCGCUGCCACAUCACCGCGACCUACUGCGGGACCCAAGAGACGUGUAUUAUAGUAGAAGAGAGCGCGAGUGUGAUCGAGAACGCUUUAGAGAUCGCGAUCGAUUACAUGAGUACGAUCUGCGAUACGAGUAUCGAGAUCGGGAACGAGAGUUAUACGAGCGUGAAUGCGAUCGUGAACGGGAAGUGGAAAGAGAAAGACUGGAAUACAUAGCACCGUUAUCGUUUGAACAAGCGCUAGCUAUGGGCCGAACGGGUCGUGUACUGCCAUCUCCGGUUCUUAAUGGUUUUAAGCCAAAGAGCGGACUUAAUACUCGACAUUCCGAUUCGGAUGAGGAGGAUUGGUGCUAGCAAAGGCUUUGAUUGCGAUCGCGUAAUCGAAACGAACAGAUCUGGGUAUAGCAUCACGCCAUUUGCUCAUCGUUAUCAGCACCAAAUUUAGAUCACAAUUUUGAUACGAUACGACGACGAAAUGAGAAUCGUUAUUAUAAUACCACCAUGAAAACAACAACAACAACAACUGCAAAAGCAACAGCAACAACAACACCAGUAACAUCAAUAAUAGCAACAGGAGCAUCCAAUAUCAAAUUGUCUCUAGAAAAUUCAGAUCCAAAUCGUCAGCCGCAAUCGCAAAACAAAAACCUAACGAAGAAACAUCCAGUCACAUCCAGUUCCGAGUAUUACUCGUAUAGCGACGCUUCUCCAUUGAAAUUGACUGUUCCAAUAAUGACAGUGUCAUCAUUACCAGUAACUAGAACGACAUCAUCGCAAUCGGAUAUAUUAGUAAACAAGCAACACAGAAAAAAUAUAGCAACUGCAAAUGCAACUGCAACUGCAACAACUGUAACACCAAUGACACCAACAAAUCAAACAAUGAUAUUACCAAAUACAAUAACAACAUCAGUAGAUAUUAAAAGGGUUUAUUCGGAUAACAAUAUUAAUUAUAAUAGCAUCACAGCUAACGAUAGAUUUACCUUAUCUGCCGACUUAGAAGAUCAUCAUUAUCACGAGCAUUACCAAAAUCAGGAUCAUCACAAUCUAAUACAACAAGAACGAGAACAAGACGAACACCAACAGGAACAUCAAAUGGAUUGGUAUCAUACACUUUAAUAGCAAAAAAAAAACAAACAAAACAAAACAAAAUCCAGAACCAGAACGCGCUGAAAUGUAUAAAAAACAAAAACAAAAACUUAGAACAAAAAAAAAACAAUGGAAAGGAAAGGAACACAGAAAAGUGAAUAACUAGUAAAUGACAGAAACGAUGUGAAACAAAAACAGAAAAAAAAAAACGUAUUGUAUGUAGGUAACACCUAAAAAUCUUUUGAACAUAUUUAGAAUAUAGAAUAUAAGUAGGUAGUAUCUAUGUAUAUGUACAAUAUGUAGGUACUCGCAUACAUUAUAUACAUAAUAAGUCUAGUAGUCAUCUAGUACAUAUUUACAUGCAUAAAACUUGAUGAAUCUGUAAUCCAUUUACAAGCGUUUUUGUCUUGUUUAUAUAUAUUUAAAGUUAAUAAUUCAAUUAUGUACAUUCAAAUGCAGAACUAUGUAUAUUUAUUAUUAUACGAUUGUGUAUAUUAACAAAUAUUAUUAUUAUUGUAGGUAUCAAAUUUUUGUAUUAUGUAUUAUGUAUUUAUGUACGACUACGAGUAUACUACAUAGCAGCAAAAAAACAAAAAACAAAACCAAAAAAAAAACAAGUGAGCGCGUUUUAAUCACCUACGGAUGCAUUCGAUUCGAUAGUAUAUACACAUAUACAUAAAUAAAUAUAUAUAUAUAGAAAGAGAAAGAGAAAGCAGCGGGGAUAUUCUUUUGAUUAAUAAGUACAUGAGAUAAACACUUGCCGAAGUGUGCAUGAAAUAAUGUUAAGAGUUGAUCGUUUUGUGAAUUUGGUGACUGUUUUGUGUGAUUGAGUCUGUUUUUUGGAAUAUUUGUGAUCGAGUGAGUGAAUGAGUGACUUGUGUGUAAAUCUUAGGCAAUGUAUGAGUAAAACCAACUAUAAUUAAAUUGUUUGUUUUUUUUUUUUGUCAUGUAUAUUUAAUUUUUUUUUGUUUUUGGGAAAUUGUUUUUCUGACUUUCGAUAACUGCGAAAUCAGCAACUAUAAAUUCCAUACACAUAGCGAGUAAUAUAGAUUUUUCUGUUGCUGAUUCCGAUUCCACAAAUAGAAGUGCAUUAUGUUGUUGAAUUUUGUCGUCUUCCUUUAACUAAAUACUACAAAACAUAUAUAGACAAAGAAAAGAAGGAUCUACUCUCAUCCAAUAUGUAGGAUGAGAAUACUACAAACAUACUUACAUACAGAUUUAUGUUAUACUGUUGUUAAAAGACAAAAACAAUCCUCUAGAAUAUGCAAAUAUAUCUUUUCGCGUCAUUCAUUUGUUUCGUGAUUCGCAUUUCGCGUUUCGCGUUUCAUCGUACAGACCUCUUUGUAUCUUUGCAUAUGCACACAAACAUAUUCUUGCGUACACACAUAGACAAUGUACAUGCAUACAUACUUGUGUGUACAUGGUAUAUAAGUAUGUAUUUGAGUACAUACUUAUACGAUGAUAAUAUGUAUAGAUACAUUUUUUCAGCGAAUCUUGCAAUAGAAAUGCAGCUAAGUGACAACAAAAACAAAACAAAGCAAGCAACAAAAAAAAAAAAAACAAAAAAACAAGCUUGAACAUAACUUUAACAGAUAUACAUACAUCUAUAACAUAUAGACACACACUAGUGACAUUCUAAAUCAAAAACCAAUUAGCGUAUAUAUAGUUGAAUCUAUAAAUCAACAUCUGGAUGUUGAACGCCGGAAUAUUAAAGAGCGCACAAAUAUUGUACUUUAACAGAUGAAAUCCAUAACUUAAGUAAAUAAAUAAAGCAAAAAACAAACAAAAAAAAUCGUGAAGCAGCCAUGCGAAAUUACACAAUACGUAUUCUUAGCUCAUAUGUAUGAAAGCAAACACCAAAAUGAGUAAAACAAAAACAAAAAAAAAAA